GGCGGGCUCGCCCGGCUUCGGCGUCGGCGUCGCUCCCGCGCUGGAGCCGUAGGCCGGCUUCUCCCCGCCGCCCGCGGUGCAGCAUCGGUGGCCGGGGGCGCGCGUAGAACCGCCUGCCCGCGCGUCGCCGGCUGGACGCCGAAACGCGGGGGUCGUUGUGUCGUGGGAACGACGCCGGUGGCCGCCUCCGCGACAGCAGGUGCGGCCGCUUUAGCCCGGGGCGGGCUCGGCGGCAGCCGGGCGCGUCUCGGCUCGCGCCCACCCCUUUCCUUUCGGACCCGACGCCCAGGAGCGACCCUGAGCCUACCGCCGAAGGGGCGGGAAAUGGCGGCCUCGACGGCUUCGCACCGGCCCAUUAAGGGGAUCCUCAAGAACAAGACCUCUACGACGUCCUCUGUGGUCGCCGCCGCCGAGCAGCAGCCCAGCAAGAGUGUCGACGAAGAGCUGAGUAAAAAAUCCCAGAAGUGGGAUGAAAUGAACAUCCUGGCGACAUAUCAUCCAGCAGACAAAGACUAUGGUUUGAUGAAAAUAGAUGAACCAAGCACUCCAUACCACCGUAUGAUAGGUGAUGAUGAAGAUGCAUUGAGUGAUUCAGAAAACACUGAUGCCCUGACCCCAGAUUCCUUAGCUAAGAAAUUAGCUGCUGCUGAAGGCUCGGAGCCAAGGUAUCAGGUUCAUGUAGAAGACAGCAGUGAAGAUGAAGACAGUGACCUCUCACCUGAAGAACAAGUGAAAACAAGUUACAAAAUAAUCUAUAAUCAGAGAAAAAGAAAAGAUACUUGGCAAGAUCUUUAUGGAAUGCUGAAAUGGAUGUUGGUCUCAGAACUUCUUGAAAAAAAAAAGCGACAGUUUGAAAUGAAAAGGAAGCUGCACUACAAUGAAGGACUGAAUAUGAAAUUAGCUAGGCAAUUAAUUUCAAAAGACCUACAUGAAGAUGAUGAAGAUGAAGAAAUGUUAGAGAGUGCACUUGGAGAAAAUAUGAAUUCGGAAGACUCAAAUCAAGGAUCUACUACAGGUGACCAACUGCAAAACAAAUCACAGAGUUCAUAGAAGAGAUUUGUUCAACACUCAUUGUUGAUACAACCCGUUACUAUACUGCUCUUGUUAUCUACAAUUCAUGACUUAAGUACCAAAAUGCAUACCAAUGUUGCCAAGAAUUAAAUAACUUUAGAGACUAAUUAGACUUGAAAAUGCCUAAUUGAUAUAUAUAUAUAUAUAUAUAUAUAUAUUCAUAUAUAUAUAUUAUUGUGCCUAGUACUUCACCACAAAUACAGCAUAAUAUCAUCAGUCCAAAACUGCAUUACUUUUUUAAGAACACUGGUUAAUUUGUAUAAGAUAUCACAUAGCUCUUUAUGCUUUAGAGGUUAAAUAAUAUCUUGGGAAGUGGGAGGGGACUUAAUUUAUUUUCUUCACUUCUAGAUGUGAUAGCUCAUAUAAAAUUUUUUAAAGUAAAAAUACAAUUGGAACAACAGAUUAUAUAGGCUGAUAAAUAUUCAAUCUGAAAAGUAUUUUAACACAUUUCAACUUGAUUUUUCUCUUUAAAUAAAAAAGAUUACAAGAAUUACUAUUGCAUUUUCUGGCCUACUACCUUUAAAAUUCCUUUGAGUUUGUUUAUGUUAUCAGGGAAAGGAUUAAACUUUUUCCUCACGAAAACUAGCUUUAUUCACAAAUAAAUUAUCAGGUUAAACUUGCA